AGAGGAGUGGGAUAAGCCGGUCAGGGUUCGGGGGUCCAGUGCCCGCGGGGAUCAAGUGUUCGGGCCGUCGGCGACCGGCUGUGACCUCAUGGAUGAGCUGGUCCACGACUUGGCCUCAGCCUUGGAGCAGACCUCCGAGCAGAAGAAGCUCGGUGAGCUGUGGGAGGAGAUGGCGCUGAGCCCGCGGCAGCAGAGGCGGCAGCUUCGGAAACGGAGGGGCCGGAAGCGCCGUUCAGACUUCACUCACCUGGCCGAGCACACCUGCUGCUACAGUGAGGCCUCGGAGUCCAGUCUGGAUGAGGCCACCAAGGACGGCCGAGAGGUGGCUCCCGCCACCAACUGCAGUGACUCUGAUGACACCAUGGUAGCCAAAUGGCACCCAGCUCUCAACACCAUCAAGACCAAGCAGCAUUCCUGGCACGAAUCUGACUCCUUCACGGAAAAUGCACCUUGCCGGCCGCUCAGGCGCCGGCGGAAAGUGAAGCGGGUGACCUCGGAGGUGGCGGCCAGCCUUCAGCAGAAGCUCAAGGUGUCAGAUUGGAGCUAUGAGCGGGGCUGCAGGUUCAAGUCCGCCAAGAAGCAGCGUCUGUCUCGCUGGAAGGAGAACAGCCCCUGGGCCGCCUCCGGCCACGGGCUGUGCGACUCAGCAGAGAACAGGACUUUCCUGGGCAAAGCGGGCAGGAAGGAAAGGAUGGAGUGUGAAGCUGGCGAACAGAAGCAGGGCUCUGAUGAGAACAUGUCAGAAUGCGAAACCAGCAGCGUGUGUAGCAGCAGUGACACUGGGCUCUUCACCAACGAUGAAGGCCGGCAAGGGGAUGAUGAACAGAGUGANUGGUUCUAUGAAGGAGAAUGUGUCCCAGGAUUCACGGUUCCUAAUCUUCUGCCCAAGUGGACGCCCGAUCGUUGCUCUGAAGUAGAAAGAAUGGACUCGGGACUGGAUAAGCUUUCCGACCCCACGUUCCUUCUCCCUUCUCGCCCCGCUCAGAGAGGGUACCAUGCACGCGUCAACCGUCUGCCUGGAGCUGCGGCCCGAUGUCUGAGGAAGGGAAGAAGAAGGCUUGGUGGGAAGGGGACGAGCAUAAGUACCCUGGGUACUGAGAGGAUAGACCACCUCAUUAGUGACCCUCGGCAGAAAGAUUUCUGGUUGCCAUCGACUGGGGAGAGAGAACGGAAUCAGUUUAAUCCCCUCUCUCCCCUUUACUCCCUGGACGUUCUUGCUGAUGCUUCUCACCGAAGAUGCUCACCAGCUCACUGCUCUGCCAGACAGGCGAGCGUACACUUGGGACCACCGUGUGCCCGUGACAUUAAGAGGAAGCGCAAACCCGUGGCCACUGCAUCCCUGUCCAGCCCCAAUGCAGUUCCCUCGGAUACAGCGGAGCUCCCCGCGCCAGCAUCGCACAUCCAGCGGGCUGCACCUGCCGAGUGGCUGCUCAGGACCCCCGAAGCCGAGAAGGCGUCUGACUCAGCUGCAGCGACGUGUUUUAAAAUGCCGCAGGAGAAGGGCCCCGGAUACUCCUAGAGCACGGCCUGGCUGCCCAGGAGCUGACCGACUGACCACCCACCGCGGCAGCAAGGGGGAGACUUGGUGUGGAAGAGACCUGCGCGACUCCACUGGGCCGCCCAGUCCUCUCGUGCUGCCCCUGCGGGGAUGCUUGCUUCGUCAGAGCAGCGGAUGCUUUCUCUUGGCAGAUGAUGUUGUGGGACUCCGUUUUGUUUGGGGUUUUUUAAAGGGGAAGGGGUGGGAGCAAAGUGUAGGGGCAGCUAUUUUAGAAAACGAAGGUCUGGCUAUGCUGCAUCUCGUACCUUAGGCUCAUGGCCUCAGCAUCGCCUGCCGCUCAUUUCUAGAGCUGAUGCUUCCUUUGCAGGGUGUGUGUGUGUGUGUGUGUGUGUGUGUGUGUGUGUGUGUGUGUUCAAAUAUCUCGUGACUGCUUUUGCACCCCCUUGUGUAGCGCCUCUAGCGAUGACGGAGGGAGAUGCGUGUUCGUAGCCCUUUCUGGACAGAUGUCGCCCCAAGUCCAGGCCUCCGGGGAAGGGGAAGCCUGCCUCCAGGCCUGGUCUCCACUCACUGCUGGCCCUCCAGAGAGAGCCUUCCUGCUGCUGCUGCUGCUGCUGCUGCAGCUGCGGUGAUGGCAUCGCCAACAGCAGGCAGCCCGUCACCUCCUGGAAGACAGACCACCAGAGGGUUUGCUUCGCGGAGUCCCGGCAUUAAGGCAGAGCUGACUGGCAGUUGUCAGUGGGCUGUGUACCACUUCAUGUCGCUGUGCAAACCUCCCUGUGCUAAGCGGGACUUUUAUUGGUGAUAUAGGUCAGGGACCUGAGCAAAGCAUCACACUCAAUUAUCAUAAUGGCUUCUUGGGGCCGUAUUUAGGUAGAAAACCUGUCUCUUUUUACACGCCUGUCUAUUAGGCGUGUUUUAACGGCUCAGCUGCGCAGGGAGUUAUAUAUAUAGUCAUGCCUGAAGUUGGAUGCUACUUUGUCAAAAUGAGGAAUAAGUGGCUGCCUGGAGCUGCCGCAGAAAAGCCACCUUUCUAGAAAGUAUUAUCAAGAGUGUCUGCCACUCAGGGCCUGCACUGGCCAUGGUGGCUCUGACACGCGGCUCCGUUAAAGCUCCCUGGAGCUCUCACUCAGGCCCUGUGUAUUUUCCGUGCGUCAGUGGGUGCAGAGUGGGACCUGGCUCCUGCUCCUCAAAGUCCAUGUGUCCCCUUUCGCUCACACAACACAGUGGCAGGCCACUCUGCCCCGCCCCUUUAUCCUUGUCUGGAGUGUCCCGCUCCCAGGGGUGGGUGGGAAUCUAGUUGCAAAGAGAGGCUUGCAACGGAAUUUACGCAGCACUUUAUGUAAAACCGAGAAGUCAGUUGUCCAUAGCCCGCAGUGUAGUAGACGAAUGGAGAAGACAGUGAGUGUGGGGUGGGUGCGGUGCUGAAGCCACGCCUCCCAGUGCCUGGGAGUCACCCUGGCCCAGAGGCCUUCAAGGCUCCCCUUCCUCAUGGGCAGCAUCCCUAGAAGUUGAGUUGUGAGUUGCGUAAUGCCUGCUUGGACCAUGUCUGUCUGAGUGCAUAGGUGCAGUAGUGGUCCCCGUUGCUCCCUUGUUCAUUAUUUUCCCCUAAUAAUUUUAAAGACCGCAACCCCAGGAGGCAGAGGAUGUGGCCCUGGAUGUCGGCUCUCCGACUUUGUUCACAGCAGCAGGGACCAGGCCCGGGCUGCUCUUCCCGCUCGCUGCCCCCUGGCUCCACUCCUGCCGCUUCCUUCUUGGUCCACAGUGCCCCCCGGCUGCACCAGCAGCAGCAGCAGUGGAGACCUGGACAGCCAGAAGCAGGCUCCCAUAAGGUUUUAAUAAGAUGGUCACACAAUGUCCAAAAUACAUAGCGUUGUAUUUUGCAGGCCGUACACAUACUUGUAUAGAGGAGAGAAUGUUGCAGAUAGAGUGGCCGGCCGACCUUUGCUAGGGACCAGGCUGGGUCUGCUGUCCUGCCUGCAUCCUCACUUCGUCCCCACAUUGACGGGACACAGUUCAGUGUACUGGGCUGCAUUCUGUGGGCAUGGUCGUUUUGUGUCAAACUCCAUGGCUCAUCCAGAGCCUGACCGGGACCCUUUUUGAGACAUCCCCCUAACCCCCAGUUUAGGUAGCAAAAGGUUCCCAGCACCCACUCCCGGAAACAAGCUGCCUAGCAGCCCUCCUCUGUAGCUGUAAUGAAAAAUAGUUUCUAUAUCCUGUUUUCUGUACCUUGUAGCAUCUCUGUGAUGUAGGGGGAGCCGACUGCUGCCGUGUUAUCAGGCGAGGACAAGCAGAGCCAAGCGAUCAAGCCAGAACUACCGCCUCCACCUUCCUCUGCCCGUGCUUCUGCACCCGUUUGCCCCUCUCUGCUAGGCCAGAGCCUGGCCGAGACCCCAGCUCGUGAUCCAGGGUGCCCGCAAUAUGUUUCGUCUUUCUCGGCACGCUUUUCUGCAUACGUGUAGUGUUCCCGCGAGGGCAGCGUCUGUACCUGUGGUCAUCGGAGAAGGGACGCCUCUGAGAACUGUUCAGUAGCAAGUGUUCUCCACGUGCAGGCUUGUACAUUGUGCCCCUCAUUUUAAGGUGCUGUCUGCGCAUGCGUAAGGAAUUACUAACCAACCACUCUCUUCGUCUCCGUGUUUUCUGUAUGACGCAGUUCCAGUGGGACAACCCUAGAAUCAAGUGUAUUUUGAAUCUAAAGAUCGGAAUUUCCCUUUUCCUGUGGCACGAUGUAUCAUGCCCUAAAGUGAGACAGCGCCCACCUUCCAGGAAAGGCUGGGCGCUCACCAUCAGGCUUUGGAACCCGUGCUGAGGGGACUGAUGGGAUGGCUGGCUGAUGACUGCGGGAUGAGCCUGGAGCUCACGGUGUUGGAGCUGCUCCCGGGUAUUCACUGCGGUUCCUGUUACCUGAACUGUGCCUCCGUUCUUGUUUCUCCCAGUCGGAUGUGCACACUGCCUCUCUGAACCCUAAUUCCUGUACGUUUUCCAUAACGGGCAAAAGCCAAGACAAUGUCUACUCGUGUGAGGAUCAUUCAUAAAAAAGCUAGUUUGCUUACGAA